GUAAUAUUUUAAAAAACCGACGAUUAAAAAUUUACGAACUACUAAACAUUAUUCUCAAUGCAUAACACCUUAAUUUAAUAAAUAAUUUAGAUAGAUGUUUCUAGGAGGAUUUUAUAAACGUGUAAAACAGUGUGCAAAUGACAUAGAUACAUAAUAAAUGAAUCAAAUGUCCAGAGAAGAAAUUGAUAUCAGACGACUUUUAACAAGAUGUGAAUUCAUGGCAAAAGAUGAUCCUCAUAAGGAUUGGAAGCUUGAAAAGUACAUCCUUGCUUUGGAUGAUAUGAUCAAACAAUUACAAACAUUACCACGUAAACCAUCUAAGGAUACCAUGAUGGGUUAUAUUAAACGAAUAGAUUUCCUGAAGGGAUUAGUAAAUACAACUAAACUUACAAAUCCAGUAGAUAGAGUUGCAGCUGUACAAAUGUUACCAAAAAGUUCUACAACGUUUAAUGAUUCAAUAGGUCCAAAUAUAACAACCCAGAUACAUCAAAAAACUUCAGCAAAAUAUAAUAGAGAAUUGCGUGCUGAAUUAUUCCAUAGUGAUAAAGGUAUGUCAAUAUCAUUAUUUGUAAAAAAGAUAAUUUACAAAUAUAAUAAUCAUCUUUUUUUUCUGGGGACCUUAGAAGAUGGUAUAAGACAAAGAUUAACUAGUACAAACAUGCAUGAUGAUGAUUUAGGUGCAAUUUUAAAAUAUAAUAGAAAUAUUCAAGAAAAAAUUGCUGAGAAUAUGCUUUCCAUGACUAGUAGCAUAAAAGAGCAUGCUUUAGCAGCAAAUGCCAUUAUAAAAAAAGAUAUUGGCUUACUUGAAAAAUCUGAUAAAUUAACUGAUGUUAAUACAAGUAAAUUAAAAACAGAAUCACUAAAACUGCAAGAACAAACACAAUCAUAUUGGCGGUGCUGGAUGUGGGUGAUGAUCGCAUUUGUUUUAGUUGUAUUUUUCAAUAUGGUAUUAUUUAUAAAAGUUGCAAAGAAAAGUAUUUAAAUUUGUAAAUACAUUUAUAUAUAUAUCCACAACUGACUUGGGUACAUGAGAGGUAGGCUAUGUACAAAUGUGAAUAUCUUCAAUUCAAAUAAAAUCAUUAAUAUUGUUAUUCUUAUCAUAAGCAUAUCUGUAUAUAUUUUUCAUGAUGAAUUUUCAUCUAUGUGUAUAUGUGUUGACUACACUUAGUCAACAAUAUGGUAAAUGAUAAUAAAAAUAUAAAAUUUUUAAUUUCCUCUA